CAUAACCAGGCCUGCAAAACCUAAACACACACUGCUUCUCUCUCUCUCUCUCUCUCUCUCUACAGUUUGUAUAUACCACCAUGCACGCUUCUCACAACUGAUUUCUCUCUCUCUCUCUCUCUCUCUCUCUCUCUCUCUCACACACACACACACACACGCACAUGCACAUGUAUCUGUGUGUAACUCCAUAGUUGAAGAGUUAAUAGUCAUAUAUCUCGAAGCUUUUCAAUAGCAUAUCUCCGCUUCAAGUGAAAGAUAAAUCGAAGGAAUUAUGGAAGGAUGAGAUAGAUUUCAUAUGUGCAGGCGGUGAAUCCAAGUCCACUCAUUUUGACUCGGUUAUCUUUAUCUUCUUCUUGAGCCAACUCAGUGGGAAAAUAUCACUGAGCUGAUAAAAACAUGGGUUCUGAACCAUCAUCAUUACACCGGCGGAGAAUCGCAUCGUUCACGCCUGAGUUGUUUGCGGUCAUAUUAUUCUCGUUGUUAAUCAUUGGAAAAUAUACAGGUAAUAGGCUAAUGGAGUUAACGCCAGUUACAUAUGAGGAGAAGAGCUUGGCGAAUAUCAAGAACAGCACUCCCUCUGUUACUCGGUUUCCUCAUCGCAGACUGCUUAAUCAUCAAGAGGUCAAAGAGAAGGAAAAUGAAAAGGAGGUGGUGGAGCCAAACAGGAUAUGGAGCGAAAAGUGUUCGAAAUCGGAUAUCGUGAUAAGCCAAGGCUCCACCGAGGCGCUGCCGAAUGGGAUACCCACCUACACGGUGGAGAUAAUGAACGUCUGCAUCUCCGGCUGCGACAUCUCCGCCAUCCAUCUCACCUGCGGCUGGUUCAGCUCCGCGCGGCUGGUCAACCCACGAGUCUUUAAACGCCUCCGCUUUGACGACUGCCUUGUUAACGAGGGCAAGCCACUGGUGAACGGCCGCACGUUGUCUUUCCAGUACGCUAACACCUUCCCCUCU